ACGGUGUCGAGAGAAGGCGCGGCACAGGCAAACGCGUGCGAGGCCAUCUCAAAAUAGCCGUCUCUGUUUACAUUUAUAUAUGACGUCUUUCAUCAUCAUCCCGUAAAAGAGGAGAAAAAAAACAAAUAUGUGUAUCUGAAUUUAGAAACCAAGGUAUAUGUCUCUGUGUCGUACCUUUGACUGGCUAAGUGUGCAGAAGUGAGUGCUCGUCUCUGCGUUCAAGUCGCUCAUUAAUUGCAAAGGUAAUAGGAAACCUCUACGGCAGGGCAACGGACUCCUUCAAUCGCGGGAGAAAUGGACACGAGUCGUAGGUUUAAGGACAAGCCGAGAGGACACAGGGACACGCCCAGGCUCGUCUUCGGGCGGUGUCUCUGCCUCUCUCUAAGGGCGGGGGUCAUCAUCAUCGCUUCGCUGGAGAUUUGCAUCAUCGGCCUCGGGUUGUUCGCAGUCAUCCUGUUCGAGGCAACGGGACAAGACAGUGAGACCCCCGUGUCGGGUAGUGUCGUGGUGAUCCUCUCCGGGCUGGCGCAGUUUCUCGUGUCUUGUUUGCUGCUGCAUGGAGCCAGAAAGCGCCGAGCCGGACCAAUCCAAGUGUGGCUGGCCGUGAGAUGCGUGACGCUCAUGCUCGAGGUGAUGCUGUGGAUGCUGCGGGAGCUUAUUGAUCAGCGCUUCGGGAUUUUCAUCUUCCUCACACUGGUGUUCCUCCUCACGCUCCUCAACAUCCUCGUCGUGAGGUCCUACCUGCACAAUAUGCAUGAAGCGGAAGAUGGGUUGGCUGACACCGAUGACGUCAUAAAGGACAUCGUGCCAACGCAGGAAGUCAGCAGCGACGUCGUGUUGACAUGUGACGUCAGCAGAUCCAUUGUGCCAAUACAGGAAUAUAAAGGAGUCAUCACUAGGUUUUAGAAGGGUGGAUAGGGAGAGAGAACGAGAAGAGGGAGAGAGAGAUAGGAAGAGGAGAGGAAAAGGGAGAUGAGAAAAGAGGGAGGGGGAUACAGGAAGAGAAAAGGGAAAGGGAGAGGUAGAUGGGAAGAGAAGAGAGAGGGAGGGGUGGAGAGAGAGGGACAGAGAGACAGAGAAUGAGAAAGAGGGGGAAAAGAGAGAAAAGUAAAGGGAGGAAAACAAUAAAAACAAACAUGAAAGUAAAAUUUUAGUGACAAAUAUUAAAGUAAAAUGUUCAAUAGAAAAGAAAGCUUUUGUAUUUGUUAUUUCCGAUCCAUUUUUCUUGGUACUUGCAUGUUAUUUUCCAUGAAAUUAUUGUUGUUUCAAUAUUACAAUCAUUAUUGUUAUUAUUAUUACUAGUUUUGUUGUGAUAAUCAUUAUUAUCGUUAUUGAUAUUAUUAUUAUAAUUAUUGUUAUUAUAUACUUCAGUGACGCAGGCAAUGUGAUAUAUUUUGCAAUAGGAAAAGAAAUU